AUGGGUCUGGUCCUUCGGUUCUUUGGUCGAGAGCUGGGUGUUUACGGGGACGAGGACGGCGUCGCAGACAUGUCACUUGUGUUGACGCGUGACGCUGGGCCGGAAGAUGCUGAUGUGGCAGUUAACGGUGCAAGCGAAGCCUUGAAAUCUGGGCCAUGGAAGGACUUUACCCCAUUGCAGAGGGCAAGCUGUAUGAUGAAGCUUGACGAUCCGAUUGAGGAGAAUGCGGAAGAUCUCUUCAAGCUAGAAACAGUUGCUAUAGGAAUCCAAUCGACUAUGAGUCCGUUCAUCAUGAAGAUGGCAGCAGACGCUUGGCGUUCCGGAAAUACUGUCGUUUUCAAAAGCUCUGAAAAAGCCCCUUUGGGCCUCACUGCUAUGGGAGACCUCAUCAAACGAGUUGGGUUUCCCGCUGGAGUGAUUCAACUCCUUUCAGGCCCAGGAAGUACGGGAGCAUUGCUUGCGCAGCACAUGAAUGUUGCUAAGAUCAGUUUUACUAGAUCUGUCGCUACGGGAAAGAAGGUGCAGGAAAUGGCUUUGGAGAGUAACAUGAAAUGUGUUAUAUUGGAGCUUGGUGGAAAGUCACCGGCCAUUGUUUUCAAUGACGCGGAUAUCGACAGUUCCGUGAAGUUCGUCUUCGAGAACGUUGGUUUAGAAGGACAUCGCCCCGAAGUUCAUCAAAGCUCUGAGACAGCGUUUUCAGAAACAAAGGGCCUUGGUCCCCUUGCUGAUCGCUCCCAGUUUGAGAGAGUCAUGUCUUUUAUCGAGAUAGGAAAGGAGGCGAAACUUGUUACAGGUGGCGCACGUGUUGGUGACAAGGGCUACUACGUUGCUCCAACAUUGUUUGUUGAUCCUGGCCUUGACACAAAGAUUUACAAGGAGGAAAUAUUUGGACCCGUGGGUACUGUACGCACAUUCUCCACAGAAGAAGAGGUUGUGGAGUUAGCCAACGACACAUCGUUUGGUCUUUCAGCUGGAGGAUCCAGUAAUCCACAGUUACAUGACAUUUCUCCGCAUACAUACAUCAAUGCCUGGUGUGAUCAUCGCCGAUACGAUAGCACCUAUGCGAAUAGUAAAUAA